GGGGAGGAGCUGUCAUAAUUUAAAUUGGAAAAGUAGGUAAUAAAAUUCUGCUUUUCCCUGUGAGCGAUAGAGGACAAAAUGCUCAAUUCGUUUUUCAGAGGUCUCUUGGGGACCGAAGAGUCGCCGACCAGAGUAUUGGAGGUGCGGUCAGAUAAUUAUUUGUCCCGACCGAUUCACUAUCGUAAAGACUCCAUGUUAUUGUACGGUCCAAAGUUGCCUCCUGACAGCAAGAACCCAAAAGAUAAAUAUUAUGAAAUCGUUCUACAUAAACCCUUCACGGAGAGCUUACAUCAGAUGUAUAGUUUAUUUCGCACAGAAAGCUUUGAAACUGCUGAGGAAAUGUUCAUCGUUUUUAAGGAGAGAGUACCCUUGUACAUCAAAAUUAGUAAAGAGUGUACAGUAACCAGUCUCCAAAGGCUAUGUGACCUGUUAUCUGAGCACAAAUCAUGGUCAAUUGCUCAUGUGGUGGCUCAUUUUGGACAAUAUGAGCUGUUCAAUAACCCAGAGGUGCAGCAAAGCAUUGAUGAAGUUGAUUCUCUCACUGGUGCUACUCCAUUGAUGGUAGCAGUAAAAACAGGAAAUGUGCGCAUGGUGCAGAGUCUGGUCUCUUUACAAUGUUCUCUGGAUACAGUUGACAACGACGGAAACACGGUGUUCCACUACGCAGCAGCUAGCAAUAAAGAGAUUAUUAAUGCGCUUGCAACUAAAAACGUAUCUUCGCUCAAUGUAUUCAACAAGCAGGGCUAUACGCCUUUACACAUGGCCUGUCUCGCCAACGCCCCGGAUUGCGUCCGUGCGUUGCUACUGGCUGGCGCAGAUGUUAACCUGACUGCUGCUAAAAGAUCUACUAGUUCAUUGCCUGGUAUUGUCGGCGAUGUUCUUCAAGAUAAUCAACCGAAACUCUAUCAACAGGACAUGAAAUUUGGCGGAACUCCUCUCCACUGGGCAAUAUCUCGCGAAGUCAUUGAAGCCCUAGUGGACAAAAACUGUGAUAUAAACGCUUUAAAUUUCGAAGGCCGUACCGCAUUGCACGUUAUGGUGUUACGUGGACGACUAGAAUGUGCUAUUGCACUGCUGUCAAGAGGCGCAGAGUUGUCAAUAGGGGAUAAAGAAGGCAAUACACCUCUACAUUUGGCCGUGAAACAAUCCAACACAGCUAUGGUGCAAGCGUUGGUUGUGUUUGGGGCUGACCUUGAAAUGGUUAAUAAUGCUGGUUAUACUGCAAGACAUUUGGUACCAAUUGAAAUGUCUACUAGUAAUUAUGACAAGAUUUUGUAUAUUUUGCAUGCAGUUGGGGCUCAGAGAUGCCCUCUAGAACUAGGCGGGUGUGGCGCUGGUUGUGUUGCCAGAGGGGACUACAAUGGGGUUCCACCCCCUCCGGUGCCCGGGUCGGCUACAAGAGAUACCAUUAGCCAAAUGCUAUCGGUCGCAGCGAUGGAGCGAGCCGCUUGUUUGGACAGCAGUCAGAAGCAGGGCAGACUCUUGUGCCUCGAUGGUGGUGGCAUUCGUGGUCUAGUCCUCAUACAAAUGCUGAUAGAUCUAGAGAAAGCAGUCGGUCAACCAAUCAUCCACUGCUUCGACUGGGUCGCAGGCACAAGUACAGGCGGCAUAUUGGCCUUGGCUUUAUCUUGCGGAAAGACUUUGAGGGAAUGCCAGAGACUGUACUUCAGAAUGAAGGAAUAUGCUUUUGUCGGAAUGAGGCCUUAUCCUUCUGACGCGCUUGAAACUAUCUUGAAGGAGUGCUUAGGCACAGAAACAGUAAUGGCGGACAUUAAACACCCCAAACUGAUGAUUCUGGCCGUGCUGGCCGAUAGGAAACCUGUCGAUUUGCACAUCUUCCGUAAUUACCAAUCGGCACAGGAGAUAUUGGACCAACAUAAUGGAACUUCUAGUAAGGGGUUGAUCCCAGUGACGAAAUUAAAAGACAUCGACGUCUUCAAGCCAGAGAGUUUGUGGGACACAGCCAGGCUGGCGAUGGGACUCACUGCUAUUGGAAGCCUUUUGGUCGAUCAGGCUACCCAAUCAGAUGGGCGUAUAGUCGAGCGCGCUCGCGCAUGGUGCAGUCAGCUCGGCGUACCUUACUACCGUUUCGCGCCGCGCAUGUCCCGUGACGUUGCGAUGGACGAGCGGAUCGACGAGCGGCUCGUCGUUAUGCUGUGGGAGGCUCAAGCAUAUAUGCGGGAGCAUCGUGACCGUAUUGCCGAGCUCGCCGCCAUACUUACUGACCCCGAUAAACGGUUUUCCCCGUCGGAACCUCCUCACAAAGAAUAG